AUGUGUGAUUUUGACUACGAGAAACUAUUCCGAAAGCGCCAGGACGAAGAUGUCGAUCUCUUCAUGCUCAAUGAAGACAUUCAACGGCAAAUGAAUGCCCUUGACGAUGACGAUGAGGACGACGGCGGUGUGUUGAUCGGCACGGCGGCGGCCUCCGUGUUGAGUCACAGUAGCCACAGCAGUGCGGCCAAUAAUGUGAACUCCACCGCCCCUCCACUCCCAACAUCCGACCUGUUAACAUCCACGACUUCCACCGCAACCAUUACAACCACAACGACGACGAGUACCACAGAUGGGAAUAAGAAUGUCUUCACGGAGAGAGGACAUCGGUUUGGGGUAAAAGAGACCACGGGAAUCAACACUGCUGCUGCUGCUGCGUUAACGCACAAUGGCCAUCCAUUCCCAUCACGACUGACAGAGACGGCAGAUGUCUACAGUUACUCCAGCAGUAACUCCCGUGGACACCCGCAAUUAACACCAAGUGGUUCGCAAACUCCCACGUUCUUUUCAAAUGGGGGCACGUCUCCACACAUUCAGUGCGCCAGUAUUACACCUGUUCCCACCUCACUCGGAAUAACAACAGCACGAGCAAACAUAACAACAACAGCAACAACGGCAGCAGCAGCAACAUCCACAACAACUCCAAUAAGUGACGACACUCACAGUCAACGGUUGAUGACAUCCAUGGCACCGGAGUGUACAUCAAAGCCACUGCCACCAUAUUCACUGCAGGAAACUUGUCCUCCACCGUACGGUUGGAUGAGUGGCGCCCCAUCAAAACUCAUGCAUCCAACAACAACCACAACAGUGGCGGGAGCUCAACUGCUUCGCAAGUCACCACCGCAGUCCACAAGUACCGCUACUUUACCACUGCAGCAGCAGCAGCAGCAACAACAACAGCAGCAGCAACCACUAUCACAACCCCAACAAACGUACACAGUAUACACCUCAAACUCACAUGUGAUAGCACCGAAUGCCAUUCCGUUGGGAAAUAUGCAGACACGUCCAGUGAUGAUGCAGCAGGGACCAGCAGGACCAUUACCUCCUCCUCCUCCACCAACACAACAACAACAACAACAACAACAACUAAUGCCGUGUAGAAAUGGGGUUGCUGGUGGAAGUUCUUUAACUCAAUUGCCACCCCCACCGCCACCGCAUGCAUCGCAGCUCCCUGUGCCUCAGCAAUCACCACAACAGACAUUACCACCACCGCCGCCAACACAACCAACACAGCAACAAGUAACAGGAACGGUUCCGCCAGGAUAUGUGCAGGUGUUGGUGCCAGUUCGAACUGCUGAUGGAUCUACGGGUUAUCAAUUAAUGAUGAUGUCGGCACAGCAGUUAGGUCAAGGCGUAAAUGGGGUAUCUGCUCAAGUGAACCAGCUCUCUGAAGAUCAAUUGAAACAACGACAACAGCAGCAGCAGCAGCAACAGCAACAGCAACAACAACAGCAACAUCAACAACAACAACAGCAGCAGCAGCAGCAACAGCAACAGCAGGCAAUGAUGCAGUACAUGUGGCAACAACAACAACAACAGCAACAACAAUCUCAACAGCAGCCUCAACAGCAAGGUUUGCCUCUUCAGCCACAACCACAGCAGCAGCAGCCGCAGCCGCUUAUGGGAUCACAGUAUGCCAAUAUUGCUGCCUCACCACAACGUUAUGCUAUUCUAGCUUCAAAUGGACAACAACAAUACGUAAUGACCAUGACCUUGGCUGAACUACAACAGCUUCAACAACAACAACAACAACAACAACAACAACAACAGCAGCAGCAGCAGCAGCCACAACAACAACAACAACCAUUCCAAUAUCAGGUUUCUCAGCAACAAGUACUUCAACGCCACGUCCCUCCACCCUCAUUGCAGAUGCAGCAGCCACAGCUCAGACCUUUUCAACAAACCGCCAUGCAGCCACAGCCACAACCGCAGGAACUGCGUCAGCCAAUUCAACCGCCCCAAUCUGCACGACCUGUCUAUCUUUCCGGGCAACAAUUCCAACAAAUGUUCGCUCCUUCUAUGGGUGCACCUUCUGGCAUGCCAGGUGCAUACCGUUUUAACUAG